CCUCUUUCUACCGGAGGUGUGGUGGUCCUUUCCCCCUCUCUUCCUCUUCAUCUCACCAGCUUUGCUUAUUGCGUGUCCUGCACGCAACUCCCCCUCUUUUCUUAAACUUUUUUGUUUUCGCCGUUGAGGGGAAUCUCAGUCCCGCAUCCUUCUCUCUGAUCAUGGCGAUUUUGGACAAAAUUGAGUCCUUUACAAAGGGAAACCCGGAGGACUUGAACCAAGUCACCCAGGAUGGCGACUUGUCGGAUCUCAGUCUAUUCGCUCGAAAUGAGAAGGAAGUCCAAGAACAUCCAGACCAAGUCACUGCAGAUGCCCAUGUCGGUGUGCAGAAAGCCGAAGCCUCGGCCAUGGUCUGGAGUAAAAAGGCCGUUUAUGCGACCUAUGCCUGGAUCUGGGUUUGUUUCUUCUUGCUAGCCCUUCACUCUGCCAUCGGCUCUACCGUUAUCAAUAAUGCCUACGCCCACUUUCAAGCUGCCCCUCAGAUCAGUACAGCGAACAUCCUGUAUAGUAUCAUCGGUGGUGUGCUCAAGCUGCCCAUUGCCAAAACACUUAACAUCUGGGGUCGUGCUGAAGGGUUUCUGGUCUUCCUGGCAAUAUACACUAUGGGGUUGAUCAUCUUGGCUGCAUGCAAAAAUCCCAACGCCUAUGCCGCUGGUUACGUCUUCUACUGGGUUGGUUACCUUGCUCUCUACCUCAUCAUGGAUGUCUUCAUUGCAGAUACCUCAGGUAUGCGCAAUCGUGCGUUUACCUUUGCUUUCGCCAGCACCCCUUUUAUAUGCACUGCCUUUACCGGAUCGCUGGCCGGUCAGUCUUUCCUGGAGGUGGCGACAUGGCGUUGGGCCUAUGGUGCCUUUGCUAUCAUCAUGCCCAUCGCCAUGGCUCCCCUGGCGAUUGUCUUCAAAUUCUACCAGAAGAAAGCUGAGAAGAUGGGAUUGUAUAAGCGGGAACCAAGUGGGCGUACCGUAAUACAGUCUAUCAUCCACUACAUUCACGAGUUCGAUAUUAUUGGUGCUUUGCUCCUGAUGGCUGCAUGGAUUCUUCUCCUCCUUCCAUUCAGCUUAGCGAGCUACGGUCGGGCCCAAUAUCACGACGCCAAGUUCAUUGCGCAGAUUGUGGUUGGGUUCUGCCUUCUCUUCGUCUUUGCCGCAUGGGAGAAGUGGGGUGCUCGGGUCCAGUUCAUUAGUUAUGAGCUUUUGAAGCAGCGUACCGUGUUAGGUGCCUGCUGCAUGGCUGCUCUGGCAUUCUUCGCCUUCUACUGCUGGGACCUUUACUUCUACAAUUUCUGUAGUGUCGUUUACAACCUCGACCCGUCGAUGGCAGGCUACAUGAUUCAGAUCUAUAACGUCGGCUCCUGCUUCUGGGGCGUUGUAUUCGGGGUGUGGAUUCGUUACACAAAGCAUUUCAAGUACACCUGUCUCUUCUUCGGACUCCCACUGCUGGUUCUCGGAGCUGGCCUAAUGAUCCACUUCCGUGGUGAAACUGACGACAUUGGCUACAUUAUCAUGUGUCAGAUUUUUAUCGCGUUUGGAGGUGGCACGAUUGUCAUUGGUCAAGACAUGGCUGUUAUGGCUUCCGCCGACAGAGAAGGCGUGCCUAUGAUGCUGUCCCUCAUCGGUCUUUUCUCCAGCUUAGGCGGUGCUAUUGGCUACGCCGUAUCCGCUGCGAUCUACAACAAUACCUUCACUGAAGUUCUCCGCUCGCGUCUCCCCGAAGAUCUCAAGUCGCAGGCUGAUGCAAUUUCCCUGUCGGGAUACCUGGGUCAACAGAAGUAUGCUGUGGGCAGCCCCGCUCGAGAUGCUAUCAAUUUUGCCUGGGGCCGCAGCCAGAUGUAUGGAUCAAUCGCCGCUACGGCUCUGCUGGUGUUGGGAUUCCCUGCUAUCGCGGUAUGGAAGAAUUACAACGUGGACAAGAAACAGAACAAGGGUGUGAUGAUUUAGAGGGCAUAUAUUCCGCACUACGUUUGCUCUACAAGAUACAUACCCGAGUUGUAUAAUAGAAUUUAUAAUAUCGUACGAUGCUAAUGCAAUGAUACACACAAUGUUUACCAAUAUGUG